CCCCCGCCAGCCGCCGCGCCCAAUGAGGGUCCUGUGGGCCUGCAGCCGCCCGCUGCCCCCGGGGAGCCCGGAGGUCGGGGUCGGGCUGCCCCCCCGGCGCCCCUUCAUGGGCUUCGGCAGCCCCUUCACUAACAAGCGCAAGGAGUACUCGGAGCGGCGGAUCAUGGGGUAUUCGAUGCAGGAGAUGUUCGACGUGGUGUCCAACGUGGAGGAGUACAAGGAGUUCGUGCCCUGGUGCAAGAAGUCGCUGGUUGUGUCAAGUCGCAAGGGCCACCUCAAGGCCCAGUUGGAGGUCGGGUUCCACCCGGUCAUGGAGCGCUACACGUCGGCCGUCUCCAUGGUCAAGCCUCACAUGGUCAAGGCCAUCUGCACGGACGCCCGACUCUUUAACCACCUGGAGACCGUCUGGCGUUUCAGCCCCGGGCUCCCCGCCUACCCCCGCACCUGCACCGUGGACUUCUCGAUCUCCUUCGAGUUCCGCUCGCUGCUGCACUCACAGCUCGCCACCAUGUUCUUCGACGAAGUGGUCAAGCAGAACGUCGCCGCCUUCGAGCGCCGUGCGGCCACCAAGUUUGGGCCCGAGACCACCAUCCCCCGUGAGCUCAUGUUCCACCAAGUGCACCACACGUGAGGCGAGGACCCCCCUCCCCUAUUUAUGUGGUUGGACGUGGAGGGAGGGAGCAGGGGAGGGAACAGGGGAGGAUCGGGGACCCUCCUCCCUCCCAGGCAACCACAAAGAAGGCCAGACUUCCGGGGCCCAGCCCGGACGCCCUGCUUGCUCCGGGUGGGGUGGCCUGCUUUUGUAUUAUAGUCAAUAAAGAAUUUGGAGGCAUCUGA